AUGUCUCAAGAAUUUACUGACUUUGUCAUUUCAUCUAUGGGUCCAAAGACUACCCCCAGAGCAAGAUGUGUUAUUGGUUCUUUAAUACAGCACAUCCAUGACUUUACAAGAGAAAAUUAUAUUACUGUUGAUGAAUGGUUGUAUGGUGUUGAUUUCAUUAAUAAAAUAGGACAUAUGUCUGAUGAAAGAAGAAAUGAAGGUAUUUUGGUAUCCGAUGUCUUGGGUCUAGAGACUUUAGUUGAUAUUCAAACCCAUAAAUUGGAUCAUGUUAAAAAAACUUCAUCUGCUAUUAUCGGUCCAUUUUACAGACCAAAUUCCCCACUUUACAGAAAUGGUGAAUCUAUUAUUCAAAAGGAAGUCGGUGGUGUAAAAGCUUUUGUUCAUGGUAGAAUCACUGAUCCUGAAGGUAAGCCGUUACCAGGUGCCAAAGUUGAAGUCUGGCACUGUGCUCCUAAUGGAUUGUAUGAACAACAAGAUGAUGAACAACCAGAUUACAAUUUGAGAGGUACAUUUAUUGCAGAUGAGCAAGGUUAUUACUCGUAUACCUGUUUGAGACCCACUUCUUAUCCUAUUCCUUAUGAUGGACCAGCUGGUGAUUUAUUGCAAUUUAUGGAUAGACAUCCAAACAGACCAAGUCAUAUUCACUGGAGGGUUUCAUAUCCCGAAUAUCAUGACUUGAUAACUCAAAUUUACGAUUCUGAGUGUCCUUACACCAAAGAUGAUUCUGUAUUUGCUGUCAAGGAGGAUUGUAUUGUCAAUUUCACUCCAAUUGACAACAUUAAUCUUUCUACUGUCAAUGGACACGUUAAAUCUCUCGAUGAAUUAAAAGCUAAAGAUAUUGAAGUUGAAUUAUAUUAUGAUAUCUCAUUGCCAUUAGAAUCAGAAAUGCAAAAGGAUAGAAAGAAGGUUGAAGCUAAACAAGUUGAACUUGAAAGAGCAUAUUUUGAAAAAUAUGCUAAAUUUGCCAAAAAUGUUGAUUUAUCAUCCAUCAUCGAAAAAUAA